AUGGUGGCGUUAAUUUUUGCGCGAGAAGCGGACGAGAACGAAUCGUCGGGCGGCGGUGAUACACAGCAAGAGCGUUCCGACACCGGACUGGCCGACGUCUUCGGCGAGGACCGCCGCCGUCGGAAAAUCGCUCUACCCCUCCCCAUCAACGGUGGUGUCCCUCCACAAACCCGAAGAUCGCCGCCGCCGUCGUCGUUUUGCCGGUCCAACGAUUUACUGUGCCUCGAUUGUUAG